GUGAUACCCUCAAAAAGACGUGGUAUUCUGAAAAUAAGAAAAGAACCGACACAACGUCGGUUAGUUCAUUUUAUGCCAGAAAAUUGGCAAAAAAAGACCAAACCUGAUAAUCGUGGUAAUAAACCAGGUCAGAUGGAUAAUAAAGGUCAAAAACAAAAAACAAAAAAAUCACCUGAAAAAGCUCAUCUUGACACACUCCGUAGAAGAGCACGGCGUCAAAAACAACGAGCAGUUUUACUUGAAAAAAGUAAUGAAUUAGGUUGUUUCAACGGUAAUAAUCGUUUUAGUCUUCUAUCUGAAAUAGAUGAUGACAACAAUAAUGAAUAUACAACCGGUAAUUCAGAGGCUGAUAAUCAAACUGAAGCCAUGAAAAAUAAACAGAAAAACUUGUCUAAAAAACAAAAAAGACAAGCUAGAACAACAACAGAAGUUCAAGUAAUUGAUGAACAUGUUGUUAAUGUUAAUAAUAAUAUAAAGACGCGAGGAAAGACGCGAGGAAAUCACCAGCGUGAAAUAAAUUUUUCUGAUUCUGAAAAAGAAGAAGAAGAAAAUGAUAAUGAAAACUCACCUUCUUUAAAUAAAGAUAAACGAAAAUUAAAUAUAACACAUACACGGGAGGCUAAAAUAAAUGUGUCAAUGUGUGAAAAGAAAUUAGCACAAUUGACAUCGACAUGUUUCGAUGCUAAUAAUAUAAUUACACGAAAUAUGCGAGAACUUUCAUCUAAAACAGCCACUGUUGCUACACAACGAGUACAUGAUCUUAUACUCGAUUAUAUUAAAGAGGCUACACAGGGUUUAGCAAAAAUGAGCAUUAAUAGAAUUCGUCGUGCUUCGAUUGAAAAAGACGAAUGGGAUGCUCUAAAAACAUUUGAAAAUGUUGCAUCAGAACAACAAAAAAUGUAUGCUAAAACCUUUUGUAAAUCGACAUUGAAUAACUACCAUAAGAAAAAGAAAAGGUUUGAAUUGGUAGCUGCACAUAUAUCAAAUGAUAUAAUACCGAAAAUCUUACCACAUUAUGACUUUAAUCUUCCUGUGGACGAAAAUUCACUUACAAGUGAACAGACCCAGGAAUACAGAAAAAGUAUACAUAAUUUAUCAAAAGAUUUUCGACUUAAAGCAACAGAACUCUAUCUAGGAAUCGUCAAAGAAGAAUUUGAAUUUCAAAAAGAAAGAUUACAAAAACUUCUUGAUGAUUUUCCACAAGAUAGAUAUGAAGUACCAUCAACACAAAUUGAUGAUGAUGAUGAAGAACCUUUAGAUAAUGAAGUUUUUACUCAAAAACCAUUAUCACAACGACAAGAAACUAUAAACAAUAAGAAAGGUUCUGAAUUAUUUAAAAAAUAUAUUGUAAUUGCACAUAAAAGAGCUCAAUUAGAAAUUGAAAGAGAAGUGCAUUUUUUAUCCGAACGAGGCGUCCAAGAGACGCCAGUUGGAACUCAAGAGCCAAAAGAUCUAAAUCCAGUGAUGCGAAAGGAUUUCGUGCUCCAAGCAUAA